AUGGGGGUGAAACCUGACAUGUACACUACUUUUACACACGGGGGUCUGAAACCUGCGUCCCCUCUCAUUCCUCAUCAUCACCUCUGCCAUCUUCUCCGCCCUCGUCCCCUUCUUCCUCUCAUCUUCACCCUCUUUGAUGCAUGAAGAGAUGAUGAAAUUGACUAGACUAGCCUAAAGGAGGUUAGCUAAAGUAAGAUUGAGUGAUUUCCGGUUAUAUUUGAAAUAAAAGGUCAACAAGAUUAAGAAAUCACCAAAUGAUUGGGGUGCGCUCCAGAAGCAAUAAGUCAACCAAUUUUAAAUCAAAUAGGUUAACACUCGUCACUAACCACCAGCUAUGAAUAUAAGUGGACUUAUCUAUUGAUCACACAACGGCAAUGUUGCAAGAUCAAUAAUGAACAAAAAUCUCAAAUUUAGAAAGAAGAGUAUUUAGAGAAAACCUUGUCACCAGAAGGGGUGACAGUGAAGAGGAGCACGAGCUGAAGCUUAGACCAACUUUGUAGAAGUUGACCUUACGUUGACGUAGACAGAGUCGUUGACCGUUGACUGUGUAGUUGACUAUUGACCGGAAGACCUGAUUAACUGGCGGACGGGCUCGAACCGGAGGGUGGGAUUAGAGCGGACCAGAUGGUCCGGUGGGAGUCGGAUCAGCAGGAUGAGCUGGUGUGGGCCAAUGGUCAAAGAUAGUUCGGACCACGCAGUCGGACCGGCUCGGACCAAGCGGCUCGGCCAGGCGGUCGAUUUCGGGUCGGGCUGAACCAGACCGGUCGGUCCAGCGGUUUAGGGGGAACACGAACGGCUCGCGCCGGGCGGAAGGAAAGGAAGGCGACGGCAACGGCUGAAAAGGUGGAACGGACGGAGACGGAGGCCGGGCUGGCGGAUGGCGGCGGAGGAGGCAGGGAGAGCGGCAGCGGCGGCGAAUGGUAAAGGCGGACAACGGCGGGAGCGAUGAUUCUUGGAAGCCCAUGUGACUAGCCGUUGUAGUAGUUUCGAAAUAUUUUAUUUCGGAUGCUUCAAGUGAAAACCUUUAGUGUCAAAAGGGAUCUUAAAUGGAAACAAGUGACUUCACUUAAUUUCCUUUCUUAAUUAAGAGAAUAUGAACAGAUGAUUCUUGGACUCCCUAGUGACUAGCUGAACUAGUAGUUCGUUAAUUUAUUUAUUUUGAUUCCUGAUGUGAAAACUUUUAUCAAUGGGUGUGAUCUUAAAUAGAAAGGUCUCUGUGCAAAAUUAUUCAAGUAUAACAUGACCUAAAUAGGUUGAUCCAAAUUAAAAAAAUUAUGCUUAUAAUUAUGCUGAAUAGCUAAAAAUAUGAAGGGUAUGCAACCCAAGUCCCACCGAUUGUCAAAAUGAAUGUUUUGAUGGGUCAAUGAAAAGAGCUUAUGAAGAUUCUUCAAGUUUCAUUCGAGGUCUGAUGAUGAAUGGUGCUUUAAACAGGAAUAAAGUAAAAUUUCUCAAAGAAAGCACCAUGAUUGAGAUCUCUUCUCUCUCUCUCUCUCUCUCUCUCUCUCUCUCUCUCUCUCUCUCUCUCUCUCUCUCACACACACACACACACACACACACACACACACACACUGGUAUCCCAAGAAAAACGACAUUGAAAAACACUAGAAUAAGCACACCCUCUCCCUCUCAAAAUCUUUUAAGUGCAAGUUAUGUGAUUCAUAAUUUUUAAGUGUACCCACUGAAGACAUUUAUGAAAGAAAUUUUAAAUAACAUAAAAUAAAUCAUGUUGAUGUUUUGAAACCCUAACAUGAUAGUUUUAAUACUUGGAUUCGUGACCUUAAACUUAUUCUUCUAUAGGAAGAUGUAAAGUUUAUGAGCGAAAUUGGGCUGGAGGGCUAAAGAUUUUCCAUCUCUUGGGCAAGACUUCUUCCAAGUAAGAAAUUUUCGCCCAUUCUAUUCAGGUAGACGAAUAAAUCAAAUUUUCCUUCCUCUUGCUUCUUUUCACCGAUAUGAGUUUUCCACUUUUGUAGAUGGCAGAGGAGCCAUCAACCAAAAAGGGAUCAAGUACCAUAAUAAUCUUAUCAAUGAACUAGUCAAGCACGGUAACCAGAUUGUAAAAGUUUCCUAUUUUUUCAAUCGGGUGAAAAAUGAUGUGUACACGCUUUCGGAAUCAUCACAGGUGUUUCUCAUUGGUUCAACAGGGAUCCAACCACAUGCUACCUUGUAUCACCUUGAUCUCCCCCAAGUGCUUCAGGAUGAGUAUGGACGCUGGUUGAGUCCCAAGUUCAUGUAUUUCAAGAAACCUUGCAUUUGUUGCCUCCUUUAGUUUUUUCGUCUUCUAAAAGUGAUGAUAUUUCAUUGCAGUGAUGAUUUUUUAGCAUAUGCGAACAUUUGUUUCCAAGAAUUUGGUGAUCGGAUUUCACACUGGACCACACUUAAUGAGCCAAACAUUUUCACGCUUGGCUCGUAUGACCAGGGGAUAUUGCCCCCUAAUAGGUGCUCUUACCCAUUCGGGCUCAGGAAUUGUACGUCUGGAAAUUCUACAGUGGAACCCUACAUUGUCAUGCACAACAUUGUUUUGGCUCACGCAAGUGUUGUUGAGUUGUACAGAACAAAGUACCAGGUAUACCCCAACUAGAGACAAAUCAAGAGUUUCAUGUUCCUUGAUCUUAGUUUCUACAAGGUUCACCUCUAUUUUUUGGUUUGAUGGUGUAGGCAACUCAGAAAGGUUUUAUUGGGGUUAAUCUAUGGACCCCUGGAAUUUAUCCACUUACAAACUCAACAGUAGAUCUAGAGGCAGCCCAAAGGGUAUUUGACUUCCUGUUCGGGUGGUUAGUAAGCAAUUUGUUUUCGCUUUCUAGUACUCAACACUCUUGUUAGUUUUUCACUACUUGUUUUGUGUUUUACAAGUGCAUUUCCUCUUCAGAUUACUUAUUCUCAUUCACUUAACCAUCAAUGGCAGGGUUUUGAACCCUCUUCUAUUUGGGAACUACCUUAUUGCCAUCUUUCACAAAGAGCCAAUCCAAACAACUGAAGGGCUCCAUUGGUUUUCUUGGGAUUAAUCACUAUUCAUCUUUGUAUGCUUUAGAUAAUCCUAAGACAGAUCAGACAGGUGCCAAUAAUUUCUAUGGCGAUAUGUCGGCUUCACUUUUAGGUUGUCCUUACAUGCGCUCUCUCCUAUAUUUGGGUGGUCAUCUACUAAGGGGGAAAGAAAUCCAUGUCAUGCAAUUAACUAAACCGAUUGUGUUCCUUAUUGCCGAAUGGUAUUCAGUUUAAAAUCCAAAUAAACUCCGUAGGUAUCGGAACACAUGUUUAUAGCUUAUGUAUGCGGUUCCUGUAAUUUAAAUCGUAGUUAGUAUGUGGGUAGCUUUGGAGGAACAAGGGUGAAAUAAUGGGGGAAAAAUAAGUUCUUUCUGACUUUAUUCGUACUAGCAUCGAGUCUGAUGGCUUGAUUAUCUAUCUAACUCCAUCUAACGCCACCUUUUUUUAUUUUGAUAUCUUCUUCCUAUUGCAAUGAUCGAUUACAGUUUCAAUGGAUACUGGACCGAGUAAAGAGGUAGAGACUUUCUUUAACUACUUUUAUUUUGUGGUUUUGUCGCCUGGUGAGCUGAGGUGCUUGAUUGUUCUGUAGCUGCUUGUUCCUGGUUCCCUUCCUGUUGAUCCUACUGGCUUGGAGAGUUUUCUACUGUGCUUGAAGAGCAAAUAUGGAAGCCUACCCAUCUACAUUCAUGAGAAUGGUUUGCUUUCUAUAUCUAUUGCAACCUAAUAUCAACGAUUCCCCUGCAAAUGGAUACUGGUAAUAGAUAUUUUUCCUCUUGUCCUUUGCAUCAGGUUUUGGAACUCCAUAUAAUGCUGUGACGUUUAAUGACACUGAACGGAUUAAUGCAAUUAAUAGUUAGAUCGAUGCACCGCUAUCUGCAAUUAGGUGAGUCUGUCCCUCGUAAUCUACGUCGAAGCUUCUAGAUAUGAUAUGAACUUGUUCGAGUCAUUGUAAAAGUCUUAACGUGUUUGUCUUCCAAAUAUCCGGCUGUUUCAGGAAUGGAUCGAAUGCUAGAGGGUACUUUGUCUGGUCAUUCUUGGACGACGAGAACCGAAGGCGCCAAUCGAAGCUUUCUGCACUCUGGUACAGAGAAUUUCUCAAGAAGAUUCAGGACGUGAUGGCUUUCUAA